AUGUUCUUGCAGGGACAAUGCUUGGUCUACAUGGAUGGAGACGAAAUUACUAGUUUCGAUGGCACCGUUUAUCAUCUGAAAAGGAACAUGCCUAGCACGCAGUGCGAGAAAUACGUCACCUUUAAACUCUCAAGCUCCACUGUCUCCCCAACAUCAACCUACAGAAUCAAAAUGCACACUCCGGAAGAAAAUCCUCUUCGGCUUUACAUUGGAGAUUUUCUUCAAGGAACCCUUCUUCGUGUGAUUCUGACACCGCUGGGAUCGGUUUUCGAAGUCAAUCUGCAUCCAGGAGACAACAAAGCCAUGGAAGAAGGAGCCAUUCUCAUGCACUUCAAAGUCGAUUGGGGAAUCUACGUCGACGGCAGUCUCUACCAAGAAUUCUCCCAGCGUGAACAGCUGAUUGCAUCUUGGUUCGAAAUCUCAGGAGGUGCAAAGAUUCAUGCCGUUUAUGUCAAAUAA